AUGGGAGGGGAUGAUGGUAUUCUAGAGCUUGAGGAGGUUGAGGGAGUCGAGGUCGUAUAUGAAAUGACAGACGCAGGAAGAGUGGCAAAAUUCAGGGUCAGUGAAGAGACGCCUAGUACCAGAGAGGUGGAUGAAGACAAUGACCGCGACCACACAGCAGAAAAUGAAGGGGAGACCCCUGAGGACCCCAUCAUUGUGGAAGAAAUUCCAGCAUUCGACUCGGAGAACCUCCUACCUGCAUGGCACAAAAUCCCACUUCAUCCCAAAAUCAUGAUGGCUUUGCACGAGAAAUCGUUCCAUGAGCCAACGCCAAUUCAAGCGGCGUCAUUGCCUUUCGCCCUCGUCGACCGAGACGUCGUCGGUGUUGCCCAAACGGGAUCCGGAAAGACCUUGGCUUACGGCCUGCCCAUCUUACACCAUCUCCUCUCCAAACCUCACCCAUCAUUCUCUCGAAAGCGUUCCCUUCGCGCUCUUAUCCUUGCUCCUACACGAGAAUUGGCUUUGCAAGUGUCCUCACAUCUGAACGAGCUCCUAACCACAAUGGAGUUCUCAAAGAAGUCGCCUGAGACAGAGACCAGUGGAUCAAGCAAGCCUGCCACUAAACUUCCUCCGCAUGUCAGUGUAGCGGCUAUAGUUGGCGGCAUGUCUGCUCAAAAGCAGAGACGGGUGCUGGAUAGAGGCGUGGACGUUCUGGUUGCUACGCCCGGUCGACUCUGGGACAUAAUCCAAGAUGACGACGAGCUCGCUCGCGGAGUCAAAAAUCUUCGAUUCUUGGUACUGGACGAAGCCGACAGAAUGAUAGAAGCUGGCCACUUUGCCGAGUUGGAGAAUAUCUUGAGGUUAACCCAACGUGAAUCUAAAGAAGACAUGAUUUCAAACGAUAUCGAGGGGAGGGCGGGAGAAGACGACGACGAUGAAGAGGAAACAUGGGCAGAAAUAAAAGACGGACUGCAAACAUUCGUUUUCUCCGCCACUUUGAGCAAGGACCUUCAACAGAACUUCAAAAAGAAGCGACGGUUUAAAGUCAGCAAGAAACAUUAUGAACGCGACGAGAAGCCUGCGUCGACGCUUGACGAUCUAUUACUUCGCCUUGACUUUCGCGAUCCAAAUCCAGAGAUCAUUGAUCUCAGUCCGAAGGGCGGUGUCGUAUCAACUCUGCAGGAAGGCAAAAUUGAAUGCCUGUCUGGCGAUAAGGAUGUGUACCUCUACUAUUUUUUACUUCGCCACCCCGGAAAGUCUCUGGUGUUCCUUUCAUCGAUCGAUGGCAUCCGGCGGCUCAUGCCCUUGGUAGAGCUUCUUAACAUUAACGCAUACCCUUUACACUCGCAGCUAGAACAACGCCAACGGUUGAAGAAUUUAGACAGAUUCAGGAAUACACCGAACUCUGUUCUUCUCGCAACCGACAUCGCAGCCCGAGGUCUCGACAUCCCCGCCGUCGACCAUGUGAUCCAUUUCCAAAUACCUCGCACUGCAGACACGUACAUCCAUCGAAAUGGACGGACGGCUCGCGCGAUGCGGAAAGGUUUCAGCAUGCUCAUGGUUGCUCCUGAUGAACGCCGCGUAGUGAGGGCGCUCCUGAGCAGCGUAGGCCGAGACGAGGGUGAGAUUUCGGAGAUGGGUAUCGAGCUAAGCAUGCUGGACAAACUCAAGGAGAGAGUGCAGCUCGCGCGAAAGAUCGAGAAUGCACAGCAUAAAGUCAAGAAAACAAACCAUGAUCGGAAUUGGAUGAGAGAGACAGCGGAGGUGUUAGGCGUGGAACUCGAUUCAGACUUUGUCAGCGAUUCAGACGACGAAAGCAAAGUAUCUACCCAGAAACGAAAGGCGAAAGACAGGAAGAUGGCAGCAUUGAAGGCUGAGUUGAAGCACCUCCUUUCACAACCUUUGAUCGCCAGAGGGAUAUCGGCCAAGUAUAUCACAUCUGGCAGCAGGCCUAUUGUCGACGACUUGAUUUCCGGAGAGUUCAACGAAGCCAUGCUUGGUUUGAAGAAGAUGGAAGCAGGUAGCGAGUUGGUAUCAGCAAAGAAAAAGAAAAAAGCCAAGCCAAUUACAUCGGUCAAGAAGGAGGAGAUGGAGGAAGAGUGGGCCGGCAUUACUGCCUAG